AUGGCGGCUGUACCUGAUAUGUCGCACCUCACCCCCGAGGAGAGGAGCACCAUCGAGGAGGUUAUAAUAAGGCAGAAGCAGGAGGAGGAGAAGGAAAAUGAGAUUAUGAGACGGAAGCAAGACGAGGUGAAGAUCCUCGAGGAAAGGAUACGAGCCUGCUCGGAGAAACAGAAGAAGGCGGGAGUGGAGCUGCACGCCACGUGUCACAUAUGCCUGAAAACCAAGUUCGCCGACGGCGUCGGUCACAUCUGCAACUACUGCAGCAUCCGGUGCUGCGCACGCUGCGGCGGAAAGGUCACUCUACGGUCGAACAAGGUAAUAUGGGUGUGCAUUCUCUGUCGCAAGAAGCAAGAACUGCUGUCGAAGACCGGACAAUGGAUAACGAAGGCAGGCCUGGGUGCCGGGGACAACGCGAUGCUGCGACGGAUGCAAGACAUGCAGGUGGGUGGUCCUCCGGGACUCGUGGACCAAACUCAGGAUAAAAGACCGAAACUCGAGAGAGCGCACAGCGCGGCCGAAAAGGAGAAUUUACCAUUGUUACUAAGGAGCGGAAGUUUGCUCAGAAGACAGUACUCUCAGCAAGAGCAAGGCCCAGGGCGUCGACUACCAACGAGCGAUAGCGGUGUGGAUAUGUCGGUUUCGCCACACUCGAGAAGCCUGCCGACACCCCACGUAGCAGCAACGCAUCAGGUGCAACAACCGCCGAGGCAUCCGGACGCGUACGCGGAGGAUGACCCGAAUCUGUACAGAGGCGAGAUCGACGGUCUUAUGAAACAGCAGAACUACCAAAGACAGCGGCCCAUCUACCCGGAUCAGAACACGGAUCUCGCGAUGACAUAUGGUCAGCCAACGGUAGAAGCAGGUCCACCUCGAAGCGUGGUGCAUCCUCCUCAGCAACACUCGGUGCAUCAAACGCAGAGCGCGCACCCCCCGCAACCGGUGGGUGUUCAGGGUGGUCUUCAGCCUCAGAGAAGCUUCAGCAGCAGCGAGGAAGAACGAAGCACACCCGAGUGUGCUAGCGACGAACCUGACGAGUCCGAGAAGGGGAAGGGGUACUACCACCAUACGGGAGGUCCGAUAUCAAUGUCCAGCGGUGGACGUAGGCACAACGGACCCCACAACGGGCACCACAACAUGGCCGCGAUGGCCAUCGAAUAUAACGGUCAUCAUCCACCGCGAGAGCCGCGAAAAGAGGAGAGCACUCUCGUGAGACGGAGCUUCCGAAGGAGUGGCGACGAGUGGCGCGCCGACAGUAGGAGGUUCACGGAGAGGAGGGGGAAAAAGACAGUGCGAUUUGACGGUGGGACCAAUGUCGGCGGCCCUCAGGAGGAUUGGUCUUGGGAGGCCGAUCGGCAGGGUAGCCAAGACAGCGCGACCAAAGACUCCGGAAUAGACACCUCUAGCACGUUCACGAGCAGUGAGGACAGCAACAGGGGCGACCUGCCCAAGCAUCCGUUACCCUGGCAAAUGAGCAGAGAUGGCCAGAAGAUCAUUGACCACAUGGUGUUGCGAAAGCAGCCCGGCUCCGGAAGCAGUAGUAGCAUACUGGGGCUGAAAGUGGUCGGCGGCAAACUGUUGGAGGAUGGUACUAUGGGCGCCGUCAUCGAGAAGGUCAAGAAGGGUAGCACGGCCGACAUAGAAGGUCAACUGAGACCCGGUGACGAGGUGAUCGAGUGGAACGGCAGGUCCCUCCAGGGCAAGAGCUUUCGCGAAGUUUACGACAUCAUCGCCGGGUCGAGACAGGAUCCCCAAGUGGAGCUGGUAGUUUUGCGGAAUCAAUCGUCGUCGACGGGUCCGGUGACGAUGCCUGCGGGGCCGACGCCCACGGCGCCGAUGGCGUCGAGGAAGAUCACCGCGCAAACCCAGUGGAGACAAAAGCACCCGGAGACGAUACCCGGACCGCAGCAACCGCAUCACAAAGAGUUAUACGACGCGAGGCGCGAGAAACCUUCGGUUUUAGUGACCUCGCCCGGCUCGCCGGAUCUGCACAUUCAAGGACGCGUCAGGCACCUUCGACACACUUCCGGUAACGCGAACGUCGGAGGUAAUCUUCAGGUGAAGCUGAGCUUCGAUCCUGUGGCGCUACGGUUGAUCGUCACGUUGAUCUGUGCGUCUGGGCUCAUGCCCAGGAGCAACGGCCAACCCAGAAAUCCCUACGCCAAGAUCUUCCUGCUUCCGGACAAGAGCGAAAAGUCGAAGAGACGCACGAAGAUGUUGGCCAACACCAACGACCCGAGGUGGAACCAGACGUUCAUAUACGAGGGCGUGAGGAGGCCGGACCUGAGGAAAAGGGCGCUGGAGGUGACGGUGUGGGACUACGGGAAGUACGACACGAACGAUUUCCUCGGCGAAACGGUGCUGGAACUGGCCACUGCUCAUCUCGACGAGGAGCCAGAGUGGUACCCGUUGACCGGCCACGGGGAACACCGACAUAUUGGAUACUAUCAGGAGCCCGAUGACAUGGUGAUAACUCCGGUGGACUGCCAUCUCAGUCCACCGUCGACGACGUCGCGGCUGAGCGACUCUGACACUUCCGAAUGCGAUAUCACGGACUGCGACGUCUCCAGGGAGCAAAGGAGAACAGCUGACGGUGCCAGUAUAAGCAGUAUCGGCAGUUCCUCCAGCCACUAUUCUAGCCCCCCGCCGGAAAGGGAGCUGUGCGUGGACGGGGAGCAUCGAAGUCGAAGGGACAUGUCGCCGCAGAGGCGCAAGCGGGCCGCCCUCAUGAUACGGGAUCAGCCGGCGUCUAUUUCUGGUUAUCAGACCUAUCGCAAGGACGAUAUUCAUCAAGGAAUGAUGGGCCACAGGUCGCACAGUGCAGCGCCUAUGGACUCGCCGAGCCUCCGGUAUCGCGGAAGGUCUCAGAGUCCCACCGGUCAUCGCUCUCUGUCUCCGCCGGAACAUAGAUCCAUGCCCUACUCGCACGGCUACGUUCCACCCAGAUUCAGCUCGAGGUCGGCGACAGCCACUCCCACCGGUAGCCCGAAGAGACAGCUGCCUCUGAUCCCGGCGGCUCUCAAGGAAAGGGCUGCUCAGGAUCUCGAGGAGCGGGCCAGAUUUAUGAGACAAGGCAAUAGGCAGGUGCACACGUACAGGAAUAUGGACAUCGGAGGUUGGGAAAGACACUAUAGCGGGCUGUCGGACUCGGAUCUGCUCUCGAUAGAUCACGAUCCGUUAUCUUUGCCGCAUAGUCGCGCUUAUCGAAUGCACAGACCGCAAAGGGGACACUUGAGUCCUGACAAAGACGUACUUGGAGAUCUCGGUGACUCCGAUAUGGAGAGUAUAGCCUCCGUGACGAGCAGUGCCUUCAGUACGCAAUCGGAACGACCACGUGGCUCUAGAGGACUAAUCGAGUACACCAGUCAGUCGGGCUCGUACGAGAAGCCGUCCAGGAGCCAGCCAGGCGAUAACGAGCACGACGACCAUAAAAGGGGUCAGUUCACGAGGAGCCUGAGUAACACCGACGCGCCACAGGAUGAGAAAGUUGACGGUAGUUUGAGCGAUACGGCGAUCGGUUUGAACGUCGAGGACUCCUCGAGAAGGGGUCGCAAAAGCUCGCCCGGGAGUAAAAGCGGAAGCGGAAGUAGCAACGGUGGCGGAAGCGCGGUGCAGUAUCAGGCGGGUCUGGGGAAGAAGAGUAACAGCACCAGUCAGCUGUCCGCCACAGAGUGCAGCAUCGUCGGGAUGCCCAUCGGAAGCGGUGUCGCGGAGGCACGCGCCGGUUUAUCGAGCCGGAAACGCAACAGCACACCGGGCAGCAUACAGCGUUCCGAGGAGAUUGUACCCUAUCAGCGCUUUGAAUCCGGGAAACAGUCGGGAUCGGUGGCCAGUGACACAGCCGGAAGUCUCAACUCGAUCUCUAGUUCCGAAGGAAGCUCUUGGUCUCCAAGUCUACGAAUGACAGGCGAAACUGGCCAACUGAGAGACUUCAUCGAAGAUCUUGGGCCUGGACAGGUGGUCGGAAGGCAGGCUCUAGGUGCUCGCUGCCUCGGCGCGAUUCAGCUCUCGCUCACCCACAAGAAAGGCUAUCUCGAAGUGGAGGUUAUACGUGCCAAAGACCUUAAACCGAAACAGGGCACUAAAGCCAUUCCAGCUUCCUACGUGAAAGUUUACCUGGUGAACGGGAAGAAGUGCAUCGCGAAAGAGAAAACGACGGCAGCCAGGAAAACAUUGGAUCCGUUCUACCAACAGUGGUUAACCUUCAGGAAAAAUUGUCGGGGUUGCAUACUGCAGGUGACAGUAUGGGGUGAUUACGGCCGAUUAGAAGGGAGAAAAGUGUUCAUGGGCGUUGCGCAGAUCGUGUUGGACGAACUGGACCUCAAUGAGAUGGUGUUCGGGUGGUAUAAGCUGUUUGGCACCAUAUCCCUGGUCAGUGGACCUCCAUCCCUAGCUUUGUCCCGUCGAUCCUCGGCCACGUCCUUAGAGUCCUUUAAGAUUUAAAGAACUCUCCCAUCUAGUAUUCUCUUUACGCGUAAUCCGACGGUAGCUCGAGCUUCUUUCAAGCACAAUUCCCCGAUGGAGAGAGGAGGAGAAAAAGCGUAAAAAAUAUCGAGUCUUAUUCUUGAUCGCGUUUGUCGGUAUAUCUAAUGCAUCAUUUCAAAGUGAAUCCCUAGACGUAUAUGUAGCUGUUAUAUUCGCGAAUAUUCAAACAUCGUUAAAAGAAGAGUAAGACGCGUAGACGUAAGUUGAACCGGUAUAGAUACUCAUGGACAUUUCUCGCGGUACAUGUCCGUGCCAUUAUACCCCUGCAAAAUGUCGCGUAUCAACGUUCGACCUAUCGAUAAUAACGGUCGGCUCUGAAUACGGUAAA